AGGCCCCCGCACUCUGAGCGCGCCUCCCGCGCCCUGCAGCUCACCCCGGACUCUGGCGGAAGAGGGCGGGGACGUGACUGCCUGUCUGUUUCUCCGAGGGGACAAUAAAGUUUCAUAAGUUUGAAAAAGGAGGGAAAACCCCACGCCCCCUUGGCCGCUCCUCCGUGGACGCCCGCGGCCAGGGCGAAGCUCGGGUGUCCGGCGCUGGCGGAGGCGUGGCGGGCCGAAGCGUGCGGGAAUGGGGGUCACUGUGGACGUGCACCAGGUGUACAAGUACCCCUUCGAGCAGGUGGUCGCCAGCUUCCUCCGAAAGUACCCCAACCCCAUGGAUAAAAACGUCAUCUCUGUCAGAACUGUGGAGGAAAGACGAGAUGUAUCAACAGGAGUCAUCUAUAGAAAGAGGAUAGCAAUCUGUCGAAAUGUGGUUCCAGAAAUUUUAAGGAAGGUGAGCAUUUUAAAGGUGCCCGACAUCCAGUUAGAAGAGGAGUCGUGGCUCAAUCCUCAGGAGAGAAACAUGGCUAUACAGAGUCACUGCCUUACGUGGGCCCAGUAUGCAUCCAUGAAGGAAGAGUCUGUCUUUCGGGAAAGUGUGGAGAAUCCAAAUUGGACAGAGUUCAUUCAAAGAGGCAAGAUUUCAAUCACGGGGGCUGGCUUUCUCAACUGCAUUUUGGAAACGUUUGCAGGCACAUUCUUGAGACAGGGAGCCCAGAAGGGAAUUAGAAUAAUGGAGACGCUGCUGAAGGAGCAGUGUGGUGCCCCAUCAGCCGAGUAAAGAGCCAUCAGGGAGCUGUGUCAUGUCUACUUCUGCUAGAGAAUCUCUUCUUGGACACACCACACCGACGAUAUGAUUUUCUGAAUACUGGCUUAAGGAUACAGUGUCUGUCGGCAGCUUUAAGAAGAGGAGACUAGGACGUGAAAUGACACUCUCCCCUGGGAGCCAGCCUCAAAUAGCCACACUCAUGGAGAUGCAUCCUAGUUGGAAUUUUAUGGCACAGACCCUACAAUUUACGAAUAAAGGGGAAACCCACAGAAGGUGAUGUUGCCCUUCUUCACGAAGUCCUGCUGAUUGCCUGGUGAUGGUGUCCGAGCAGCCAAGGACAGGCCUAGAGACUGGUGCUUGUGCCUUUAUGUUAUUUGCAUCAUUGCUCAUAGGACUCACGAGAGGAUUCUGGGAUAAAUAAAGGAACUGAACCUGACACCUGGUUCCCAGGUAGCCUGGAAUAGACAGGACUGUGCCAGGCCUGACUUCAAGAGAAGCCACUUUUGUAGUAAUGGUGAAGAUUCUCAGAAAUCAGGAGCAUUUGAUUGAGACCCACAAGUUCUGCACAACUGCCGUCAGUGUAAUGUUCGUAAUGUAACAUGUGAGCUGUGUUUGUCUGCUGGAGAAACGUCGGAUGGAGAGUGGGAACAUAUGCAUAAUCCUGGCUCCUCCUAACUCACUCUGUGAUGUGACCAUAACCUCCCUCUUUUCACCGGGAAAGUGGGCUGAUUGGGCACAGAUCUUACUACCUGUGGGUUGUGAUGGUUAAACAAGAUGUUUAGUGUGAAAAGCACAAGUUUGGAGUCAGACAGACAGACCUGAGUUUGAAUCCAAGCGUUUCAACUCACUAGCUCACUGGAACAUAAUUUUAAAUCUUUAUGAAGCUCACUUUUUAAAAAAAAUUGUAAAAUGAGGUGAAAUAAUUAACUUUGUGAGGUUGUUGGACCAAUUUUGGAUCUCAUAUAUAUAUAUGUAUAUAUAUAUGUGUGUGUAUAUAUAUAUAUAUCUCUCAAACACAAUCUCUCUCUCUCCCUCUCUCUCUCUCCAUCUAUAUAUAUAUAGAUGAAGAGAGAGAGAGAGAGAGAGAGUGUGUGUCUAGCAUUCCUGGUACCUAGUAGAAGUCCAGUAAAUAGAAGCCAUUCUUAUUCUGAUUAUGUGAAACCAUUUUGAAAAUGUACUUUUCAAAUGUAAUAUAAGGUAGCAUUACUGUUUGAAAAUUAGAUGACAGUAGUGUGCAUUUGCCACGAUUGGAAGCCAAACGAUAAAUGCACAUUACCUAACAGAAAGCUGGAAGAGAGGCAAAAAUUUGGAAUCCAUCUUAAGGUAAAAAUUGAGCCAUUAAUGGAAAGUCUUGGAGAAAUUUUUUUUUAUUAUUUGAAAAAUUUUCCACUUAGUACAUCGAUGAAUUUCAAAGCAGUUGUGUUUUUUUUUUUAAUACAAGCCUGCCACUGUGAGCCUCUUCUUAUUGUGUUUGAAUGCUUCGUGCUGCCUGAGUUUUAUCUCUUGGGAUAAUUUCUCCUCAUUUCCUUAGUGUUUUAUUGUUCAAUUGUGUUGGAGGGAAAAUGAAUGGUAGAAACCAGGAGACACUUUGACCCCCUUUACCCAUUUGUAAAUGGCAUUUUGUAGGCUUUUGGAAUAAUUGCCCACUUCCAAAAAUAAGAAGCAAUGCGAAUUAUUAUAGAGGUUAGAAGCAAGAAAUUUGUAUCUGGAGAUUGGAUUGGAAUAAACUUAACCCUUCCUGUGCAACCACUUGCGUCCUCUGCAGGCGGGAGUUCUCAACCUGGGCUGCCCAUCAGGACCACCUGGGGAGCUGUGUGCAAUCCCGAAGCCCCGGUUACACCCCAGGCCAGAAAGUCAGAAUCUCUGGGUAUAACCCAAGCACCAAUGCUUUUUAAAGCCCCCUAGGUGAUUCCAAUGAGCAGCUGAGGAUGAGAACGCUACAAUGAAUUCUAGGUGAUUUGCAGACAUUAUCUGAUUUCUUUUUAACACCCCUGAGGUAGGAAAGGAUUUGUAGUCAGAAUUUUUGUUGGAAAUAGAAAUAAUGAAGCACAGAGAGGCUGGUAUUUGUCUGAGUUCCUUGAAGCUGGGGUGGCUGGCGCAAAUGCCUGCGGGGGUCUGGCAAGGGAUCCGGUGGGGGAAGCAGACUGGUAGCCGCUGGGGUCACCCCGGAGCCCAAAGGUGGGCAGCAGCUGCCUGGCUCCAGCGUGGUAUUGCCAUGCGGCUGGUUUUCCGAGUUCGGCCAAUUUCCACUUUUCCGGAAAGAGGGUGAGUUAAACAAAAUCUAAUUUUUACAUGUUGGGGAAAAAUUCAGGAUUGUUUAAAAACAUUGUGCUCGCCAAACAAAACAUGUUUGCUAGUUGUUUCCAGCCUCUCCUCAAGAGUGUUAAGGAUCAGAGUAAACACCCCAGCCAACAUUUAAUGGAUUUGCGUUGUCCUAUCCCAGAUGCGAGCUGCCUCCUGCCGCCCCUCCACGCCUGCUUUUUAGGUGUGUUUCCCUCCCAUUUCCCUGCAGCCCUCUGGACUUGUAUCAGACACUUCCCCUCGCUCCCUUUUGUUCCUGGAGGAAUCUGCUGCCUCAGGCUUCUCGUCUAUGGCUUAGAGAUCUUACGCUUUUUAAAAAAUUAACUAGGACUGGUUCGAAUUCAUUUUUAUUACAUGUCAGAAUCCUUUUUCUGUGAUGAAACAUUUAGGAGCCCGCAUUUAACUUUUUUUUUCUUAGCUCGGUAGUCUAGUGUAAGAAAUGCCAAAAGCAGCAGGAGCCUUACUGGGUACCUGGGUACGUUAGGAACGUGGGUGGGAAAGGGAGAAAGGGGAGACCUGGUGAGUCUCCCCUGCGCUGGGUUGCUGAGUCCACCACCCUGCAAGGGGAUGAUUCACUCCAGUGAGCUCUAGGAUUGCACUUGUACCAGAAAUCCUUGGGGAGGGGUGCAGAAACGCUGGUGUCCGGGCAAGGUUCUGAUCGAUGCCUUGCACUUGGGACCCAGGGAUCUGCAUUUUCAAACCUGUUCCCCAGGAGGUUGGGUGGUGCUGCUCCACAGACCGUAGUUUGAGAAACUGAUCUACCACGGGUGUUUUGGCCUCCAUGUCUUCUGUCACUUAAGACAGAUUUGCAGACCGUUGGGCCCACUGAUCAACACAGUUGGUCACUCGGGACCCGACAGAAAGAUCUUACGUAGAGAGAAGCUGACUAAAGCUUAUCCCUGCGUGACCGAGGUGCUUUGAUCAUGAAGGGGCUUUUAUGUUUUCAUAUAAAUGUGGAUAAAACAAAAACGGUGCUAUAUUCGUUUUAUAUAAGUAGCAUACAUGUAGUAAGAUCUCAUUUAUCAGGCCUUGUGGGCUGCACGGGAUACACACUCAAGGUUAUUCUUUAUACUUGUGCAUUUCCUGGACUUCAUUUCAGCCAUUUACAUGGAACAGUUUCUAAUUAGUACACAGUUCCCUGCUUUUUGCAAACCAGAAUCUACUGAGGACAGUGAAACCUCUUCAGGGUCGUUUUUAUGUUUGGAAUGCUUUCAGGUCCUACUCAGGUUUGUUACAGCCCCUGCACUGGCUGGCCCCACGUGGCUCCGCUCUUUGAGUUCUGUGGUGGUUUGGAUCCUUGUUCUUCCCCUCCCUGCUACUUGUUUCUCUCUGCCAGCACCCUGCCUGCCUCGAGGAACUUUCCACUCAUGUGCUGUCUGGGAGCCGGAAAACCAUGACACUGCAUGCCAUGUGUCAGGUAACAGUGACCAGGAGCCGAGCGAGGCUUCGAGAGGCUUUUCUAGCAGUUAAAUAAGGAAUGUUGCUGCAUUGAUGCGGUGACAUUAUUUUAGCGACUCCUCUGCCUUCUCUGAACCUGCUUCCUGAUCCCCAGCUGCACUGCCAGAUCUGUGACCUCAGGAUCAGUGAGAUGUUGCUACAAGGGGUUUCGGCUGAUUUUUAAUGUAUUGUCUCCCCCAAUCGUGUUCAUAUUUUAUAUGUGCAAUUCCACAAUGUGAAACUUCAGUGGAUUAAAAUCCAAAUGGACAUUUCUCAGGCCAAGUUUUGUGAAGGAUAAGGUGUUUUUGGUUGAAUACUGUUGUGAUUUGGAGCUAUAAAUUAGUUGUGUACCUAUGAAGUCUGAUCCUGCAUCAUCCUGAAAUAAAGGUUUUACAACUAUUA